CUGACAUUGGCUGUUGGCUGGCCUGAACAGAAGAGUGAGGGAAAGCGAUUUUUCGUCGUGGUGGCGUUUCGGGUGCGCUGGACUCGUUGAUAAAAAUUCUCGGAAUUCGGCUACAGCCUCCCGGAAUCGAAGCGAGGUGAUACCGGAAGUGAGUAACAUUCCCCAAGCGACAACUGUUUUCAGUGCGGUACGGUGCGCAAAUCGCGACAAUUUUGCCCAAUAAGAAAUUUUUUAAAUCAUUGGAAACUGCAAGUGAAAGGAGAACCACCAGUCAGUCAGUGCACCUAUACAGAGUUACGUCUAGUGAGAUCCGAUUGCGACACGAAACGGUUCCAUUGAAUGUGAUAUUUUCAACUGUGUCGUCGUUUUAAUAAAUCCCCGAAUAAAAUUUUGUGCAAAAAAGCCGAUUGUGGUUGGUGGUCUGUUUGCACGCGAAAAAGUUCCCAGCUGAAGGGAAACCAGAUAACCGAAGCAAUAUCUCUUGAAGUCAAGCUCUACGCGUAGUCGUCUUUACGCGCGUAUAAGUAUUGUGCAGUGUGGGCGCCUUUAAGCACAAACACACCAACACAGCAGAAUCGCCGCGCUUCAACGCAAUCCAAGUAGGCAAGUGUGUAUAAAACAAUAAAUUAAUUUAACACAUUGCCGCUCGGCAGACGAAAUAUCCACAUCUCGUCGAACAGGAUAUCUCAUCGCCAAGCAAUGAAGUCCGAUAUGGGACGGGGCGGCGGCGGCGGCAGUAUCGUGCCUAAAUCCACCGUCGCCGACGAAAAUUCCACCUCGUCGGGCGCUAGUAGCGGCAGCAGUAACAGCAACAGCAGCAACAGUGCGGUAGGGGAAGAUCUGAGCAACACUAGCGGAGGAGCAGCCGUAACAGUCAACAGUCUUAAGUCGUCAUCGUUGAUUGGCGGAGUGGUAGGUUUAACGUCACUGGCACUGGGAGUCCCGCAGCCGGCGCAUCAAGCGAGCAACAUCAUUCUGAGCCGAGUGUUCGCCUCCUUUGACGCACACAGUGGUUUACACAGUGGCGUCCCGACCAAAACGACCCCCACGCUAACGCCGACCACGCUCAAAAACAUCGAACAGGAGUUUAUGGAACUGACCAACGACAACUCGAGCAACAUUCCCUGUCAGGCCGGGUUCGUUCCACCGCCGUUCCAGUUCGAAGACCACAGCCAAGACCGCGAGAACAGCCGCGAAUCGAUGAGCUCCGUGUCGAACAGCUCCUGGCAGGUGACCCCACCGCCGAUCAUUUCCGAGGAUCUGGAUUCCAAGUCGUCGAGCACUUCGUACGAGCGGGACGUGGCCGUCGCACAGCCUCGGCUAGCAACCGUUGCACGCGGCGUAGUCCCACUGGCCACUAUCAAUCAAUUUGGCCUGGCGCAACAGAGCCCGCCGCUGACCACUGCACCGAACCGUAAAACCCCUAACCAAAACCCCGAAAACGCAGCGCCGGCCACUUCUCGUCGCAACAUGGGUGGUCGCCGUCCUGCCAAGGCCAGCAACCUCUCACCCGAAGAGGAGGAGAAGCGAAGAGUCCGCCGCGAGCGCAACAAGCAAGCAGCGGCAAGAUGCCGCCGCCGGCGGGAAGACCACACCAACGAGCUCGUAGACGAAACGGACCUGCUGGAAAAGAAGAAGCAAGCCCUCCAGGACGAAAUCAAAUCCCUCCAACAGGAAAAGGAAGACCUCGAAUUCCUGCUCGAGUCCCACCGGGAGCACUGUCGCUUCCAAGGCCGCCAAAGCCCGAUGGAGCGUAAACCUGUUGGCCUAGUUCAGCAACCCGCCAUCGCCACGGAUCUCAAGGUUCUCCCGAUGAAGAUCAAAGCCGAACCGGUCGAUAUGCAUGACCAACCACCAGCGAAAAAGUUGAUUCUCUCGAACCACCUCACCGAUAGCUUGGACACCCCGACGCCGACCAGCAUCGCGCCCGUCCUGACCAGUGUGAACCUGCCGCGACUGAUGCUACCGGGCGCCGUGCCCAUCAGCGCCCCUAGCGGCCGUCCGGCUCGACCGGCCAGUCUGGACGUCAAAGCAUCCGCCGCCUUCCCGCUACGCAACAUCACCGCCGACGCCGGUAUCGGCAUCUCGACGCCCUCGAGCGGCCUCUUCAACUUCGAUAGUCUGAUGGACGGCGGCACCGGCCUCACACCGGUCGCCGCCCCGAUCUCCCUCCAAUCCAAUCGCGGUCCGCUGGAUCUGAUCACGCCCACCAGCACCGAACCGUCGAAGCUGUGCAGUCUGUGAGAGCGCCGCAACGUGGAGGAACAGGAGGAGGAAGAAGAAAAGAAGCAAUUAGUGUUGACGUUUCUGCGAGAGUGUACGUGCGAUGAGAGAGACCGAGAGAGCCCAAGUCCUAGAUCAAAGAUGGCGUUGUGAUUUUAACUUUUAGAAGAAACUUUUCUACACGUGAAAUACUACAAAGACACAAAAGUCUAAAAAAUACUAACUUAGCGGUCGCCAUUUUGCAACUAGACGUAGGAAUAAUUGUAUUUCAUUCAUUUGUUUUUAAUUUGCUAGUUUUAAACGUUAGCCCCAUCCCAACAAUUGGACAGCGAUAGCGGAAAAAAUAUAUUUAUUGAAUUGUUUUAUUUUUUUAACAAGAACGAAACAUUUAGUUUGUAACAGAGAGCGAAUAAAGAGAUGUAUAAAGUUACUUUUAUAGAAAAAAAACGAAAACGAAUAUGCUUUGUAUCCUGUGCCUUUUCCCACCAGACGAAAACAGAAAAAAAAACUUUAUUUAACUCCCCGAAAAACUUUUGGUUUUAAUAGUCGUAAUCAUGAUAGAUAACCAGUUUACCGAAGACAGUGCUAUUGCAAGUAUUAUAAAAAUCAUAACUUGAUUUCGCUAAUAAUGAGCCCGCUCAAAUUUAGCCGCAAGACCAUUGAUUGAAUGGAAAGUUUUUUAACACCUAGAAUAACGAAAGAGAGUCGAUCCAAACAAACGGAAUGAACGAUAUAAAGCAGAAUUAUUUACAAUUUAUUUCAUCUACACGCGAGAGCGCAUGAAAACCGGAACACCUGACUCGGAAACGAAAGGUUGUCCACGUUUGGGACACUUUAAGGAUUGUUCCUCGAAUAAAUCGAGAAAACAAUGGUACUUUGGAAAGCAAAAAUGAUAGAAACAUGAGAAAUCAACCAAAACCGAGAAGAACAAGAAAGAGAACGAAUGUGAAGCAAUCUAAUGUGUGUUGAGGUUAGGAGAGGUAACACGAAUUCAGAAAGCCAUAUUAUUGAUAACAACAAUACAAUUGAUACCAAAUAGCUGCUGCAAUAAUAA